UUAAUCCUGCGCCGCCGCGCGAUCGACCGCGCGCGAUGUCGCCGCGCUGUAUAUAUGCAGUGCGGGGCCUCACUGACGGGCGCGCGUCCAGCUUGGAGCCCACCCUGGACGAGCUGAGCCAACAUGCAAGACAUCAACGGACCGAGGGCCUCCGCCGUACAACGCGCGUGGCUAAUCGACGAGAUCGUCCGCAACAUCCUCGCGCACGUCCCGCUCGUCGGGAGCUCGAAGACACUCGCGAACUGCGCACGCGUAUCAACCGCGCUCAGCGAUCCUGCGCUGGACAUGCUCUGGAGCAGGAUGACUGGGCUCACUCCCCUCUGCCAGCUGCUCGACGAGUCCUCCGCAGACGAAAACACCAGCCAUAUUUCCACCACGAUCCCGCACAAUGCCAUCGACGACGCCGGCUGGUCGCGCUUCACGCACUACGCGCGGCGCGUCCGCAAGCUGCACUACCACUGUCGUGAGGGCCCCUCAGAACGGCUCAGCCAACGCACCUUCGCCGCGCUCGUGCGCCGCGCCUCCCGCGCAGGCUCCCCCCUUCUCCCGCGCCUCGAGGAGCUCUCGUGGCUCCAUUGCGCGCGGGACAUCACGCCCUACCUCCACUUCCUGUCGCCCUCCCUCCGCCGAGUGACCGUGUACGUCCAGGUCGGCGGCUCCGAUCCCGCUCCCCCUCCGCUUCCUUCGCCACUCGACCCCCAGCAGCAGCAGCAGAACCCCAGCAGCGGGUUCUUGAGCCUGCUCGACGCGCAGUCCCCGCAGGUGGAGGAGCUCUCGCUGGAGGGCAUCGCGCUCCCGGCGUCGCUCGAGCCGCUGCUGGCGUUCCGCCGGCUGCGCAGCCUGCGCCUGGGCACCGUGGCGUGCCCCGUGGCCGUCGUCGUGUCGUACUGCGGCGCGAUGCCGACCCUGGCUUCCCUGUCUGUCGACCUCAGCUGUUCUCCCGCUGCUUCUGCUGCUUCGCCCGCGCAUGACCACCCGGACGCGGGCGCGGGCGAGCCUGCCCUGCGCGCGCUGGAAGACAUGCGCGUCGCGGGCGCUCCGUCGCUGAUCGAGGAGCUCCUCCGUUCUGUUCCUCCCGGGGCGCUGCGUUCCGCCAAGUUGUCGGUCCUCGUGCCCGGGUACGACCAGGAUGGGGGCGCGCGCUGCAUAGGCGUGCUCAGUACACGCUUCACGACGUCGUUACAGAGGAUCCGGGUGCACUACAGACACGCUACAGAUCGUCUUCCGCACACCACACCCCUCUUCGCGCGGGCAGUCCAGCCGCUUCUGGCUAUCCGGGGCCUGCGCGAGUGUACACUCGCCUUCGAGGACCCCACGCCAGCUGCGAUUACAGACGCGGACGUGCGCGAGAUGGCGGAGGCGUGGCCCGCGCUAUCCUUGCUCGAUGUUGCACUCUGCCGGAAUCCUUAUCUUGUGGUGGUUCACUACUCCGGCUUCUCUACUUGGAAUAGCCUAAACAAGAUGAGCUUUGCGCCUAAAGAAGCGUCGCCAGAACCCCCGCUGAACGGCGCGUCGGCCAACAACUUGACGCUCUGGCAGCACGGCCCUGGCUCUGGAUCUGAGGGCAUACAGUCCCCCAAGCCGUCUCCAAUGUCGCAGCUCAAUGAAGAUGUGUUCGCGCAUUUUGUUGCGGAGUUGUUACAUUCUGGAGCCAGUGGCUUUGAGUCCCUAAAGCACCUCUCUCUGUGUUGUUGGCACUUUCGCUACCUCUCUCUCCCUGCUCUCUUCUCAAGAUGCGCGAUCAUGAACUCCAAGAAAAGGGGAAACGAAUUUGAUGCCCCUCCUCUCGCUAUACGGUCGCAUGUGCGGCAUCUCACUUAUCAUUGGGGGCAGUACUUCACACAAUACAUUGACGGCCGUCGACCGAAGAUCGUAAUUGAGUUUGGGAAAGCCCUACGAUAUUUACCCUUGGUCCGAUCAGUCUCUUUCACCGGCGCAGGAAUGGGCAUUCCUUGGAAAGCCUUGAAGACUUGUCUCAGUUUCCCUCAAGUCAAGGCGAUCGAGUUCACGGAGUCAUCCCCGUUCACCUUCGUAUCUCCCUUCCCGACAGACGCUAACUCAGCAUGCUCCGGCCUUGAAGAGUUGUCCUAUGCCACGCCCCUAACACCUCAGCUACACUACAUGCUGGAGCGGCAGACGACAUUGGGAAAGAUAUGCACGUUGGAGAGGGCUUGUCUGUCGUCCAUGGUCCUGGGGAUGAACUCGGCGGCGGCGCGAUCGCUAGUGUUGCCCAUGAAGACGGCACCGCUUGGCGGCAUGGCAAAACUCGACUGGCCAGCCCUACAGAGCCUUACACUUCGAGGGUCGUUCCGCACCGAUGCUGAUCUCUGGAACGCGGAGUACCUACCAUCCCUGUUCCGCCGCACGCCAUAUCUUCGACGCCUCAACAUCACCGCGGCCCUUCCUACCACUACUAGCAUCCGAUGUUCGGUGCUCGGUUGCAAGGCGCCUCCAGUCGUAGGACUGGAAGGCCUGCGAAGCCUUACCAUCGCGUACCCCGAUCCCAAUGAUGCCAUCUUCUCGACCCCAUUCUCUGGCCUCACCAAUCUGUCGCUCCGUGACUGGCCCCGCCACUAUGACAUUGUAUCCCAUAAAUACUACUAUGAUUCUUGGCGAUCACCCAUCCUUUCCUCCAUGGAAACCCUUUCCAUUCUGAGCCGGCUUCGGGUCCCCAGCCUUUUAACGCUAGAGCUUGUUUAUUCCGCAGACGGAGCGGAUGACGACCUGCUCACACUCAUCACUCGAUCCUUCCCGAAGUUGCGCCAUCUCGAACUCCAUCGGUAUCGCCAGUCGUCAGGCGAAGCUGUGGAUUAUGACUGGCCCCGCCACUACCAAAAACGCGGCCCUUGGCGAUCUCCCAUCCUUUCCGCCACUCAAGCCCUGUCCAUCUUGCGGCGUCUCCGCACGCCUGGUCUUACGACCUUAGAGCUCGUCUACCGUGCGGACGAAGCAGACGACGAGCUGCUCGCCUUCAUCCCUCGGGCAUUCGCGAAACUGCAACAUCUAGAGCUCCAUCGAUACCGCCGGUCCACGCAUGAGGUCGUCGAUCACCGCCACAUCGCGCACACCCUUUCGGCGGCCCCGUCGCUCCUCCGGCUGCGCAUGCACCUCGACUUCACAGACGACCCCGGAGAGUACGUCGAUCACCUCGGCACCGUCUCGGACGAAGAACGCGAUUACAGCAGGUACGAGACGUGGCGCGUGCAGCUGGCAGACUUGGGGUGGGAUGUCCUGGACGCCAUGGACGUGUGCUCCCCGCUCGAAGGCGUCGCUCUAUUGGAUCGUGUAUGGCAGAAGGCCGCGUGGGUUUGGUUUCUGCGCGGGCGCUGGAAGGACCCUCGCGCGCCCGUUCGCGACUUUUCCGACGGGAACUGUGACAUACUGCCCUCGGCGCUUCCCGCGAAGAUGGGGGGUAGGUUGAUGGCCUACUAG